GGUGUUUAAAUUGAAUGGGUUCUAAUUGAAUAACAUCAUGGAACUUUGACCUGUAUAUACAGAACUCAGAAGGGCAAGACAGUUGACUCACUGUACAAGACCUCUCCUCUUCACUUCACUCUGGUGGGAGAUGCAACAAUGGCCUUGAGAACAGCAGGAAGUGUGUUGGUGGUCUUUCUCUGGUCUGUGGCAGUGGUACUGAGUCAGAAUGGCUGGAGUGUGACUUACACCACUCAGAGUAUCUGUACCUUGAAGGGGUCAACAGUGGAGAUGUCCUGCUCUUACACAUAUCCCAGAGGUUAUACAGUCACAACAACCUUGUGGUUCAGUGAAAUGCAUGAUGUGGAAAAUUAUGUCAGUCUGUUAGAUGACCCAGACUACAAAGGACGUGUGACGUACCGUAGUGAUAAGAUGAAUGGACACACCCUGACAAUCACAGACCUGAGAGAGAGUGACUCAGCUACGUACAAGUUCAGAUUUAUAGCAAAUCAGACCAGAGGGAAAUAUUUUGGGAGCCCUGGAGUCACUUUGUCUGUUACAGACCUGCAGGUGAAGGUGACCACUACAUGGUGGUCAACGACACUGACCUGUAGCACCACCUGUACUCUGACUGACAACCCCACCUACAUCUGGUACAGGAACAGUACGAUUGUACAAGAGGACUCCUUCCCCUCAUACACAAUUUACUUACAAACUGACGACAGCUUCUACUGUGCUGUAAAAGGCAUCAAUUCUCCUGCAGUGUUGGUACUGGGUCAGGAUGGCUGGAGUGUGACAUACACUACUCAGAGUAUCUGUACCUUGAAGGGGUCAUCAGUGGAGAUGUCCUGCUCUUACACAUAUCCCAGAGGUUAUAUCAUCACAACAACCUUCUGGUUCAUAACAAAUAAUGCUGAGGGGAAUCCUGUGAGUCUGGAGUGA